UUACUCCACCUGAGGUGUCACACGCACGAAGGGAGUCACUCAGUAAACACCUCCUUGCGGAAGAGGUCUUGAGCUCCCGGAGGGAGUAGCCUCCGAUAAGAAACACCAUGGCCGAAUCCCAGCUCAUGUGCAUGGAGGAUGGGAAAAUCGGAGCCAAGACCCCGGAGUCCAACCCGGAGUUUUACUACAGCGAGGAGCAGCGCGCCGCCGUGGAGGAGCUGCUGAGGAACGGAGACGGAGCCUUCAAGACGAGACUCAAAGAGGACAACAUCAAAGACUUUCUGUCAGCGAGGGAAGUCCGACUCUUACUGAACACUUUCAGACAGUAUGACUCGGGGGGAGACGACAGCAGCAGCAGCAGCAACACGGUCCCCACCGCCGCCGGGACCGACGCGGAUUCCGGGCUCCGCUCCACGUACUGGCCCCAGAUGUCGGACACGGCCGUGCCGCCGCUGGACCUGGGCUGGCCCGGCGGGGCUAUGUUCAGGGGGGGCACCCGGGUGGCCGUGCACACGCACCCGCCCAAGGACCAGGGGCCCCACAUCAAGGAGGUGGUCCGAACCCUCAUCCAGGAGGCCAGCAAGGUUAUUGGAAUAGUGAUGGACAUUCUCACAGAUGUUCAAAUCCUACAAGACCUGAUGGAUGCAGCUUCGCGUCGUUCUGUGCCUGUGUAUAUCUUGUUGGAUCAGCAAGGUGUUCCACACUUCCUGGACAUGUGCUCAAGGCUUCAACUCGGUGCACAACACCUCCGGAACUUCAGAACCAGAACAAUUGAAGGAGUUGGCUUCAGUCUGUCAUCCGGCAGAUUCCCUGGUUCAGUUAGUAAUAAAUACAUGCUGAUAGAUGGUGACAAAGUCGUGUUUGGCUCCUACAGUUUUGCCUGGUGCACGUCUCGUAUGGACCGAAACAUGAUCACUGUGAUGACAGGACAAGUGGUUGACUUCUUUGACAGAGACUUUCGUGAGAUGUACGCAGUCUCUGAGAAACUGAACCUCUACAAGGAGUUGCAUGUUAGUCCGCCUGCUGAAAAUGAGACCGCCACAAUUCGAUCCAAAGUAGGGCCCAAACGCCCCACAUUACCAGCAACUACAUCCCGCUUCCAGGUCACCUUAGGAGAUUCACGGAAUGCCAUCGAGGUUCCUGCUCACAAAUACUACAAUCCUAAAUAUGCCCUAGCGUUUGGGGGCGCUCCGAACCCAACAAGGUCUCUGAAAGAGUCAACAUCUAAAAGGGGUACAGCUCAGGCCGGGGUUGCCAUGGAGAUGGACCCGGGAAGGCCUCGAUUGUCCAGCAGUGAUAGGCUGGAACGGACAAGUCCAAUUCCCUCUGAAGUCCCAAGUGAAAGCUCCAACAUGCCAAAUGGAGUUACUCAGGAUAAAAAGGGACGGUUUACAUGGAGGUCAAAAUUCUCGAAAAAGAAAUCUUCCAAAAAGCAUUCUGUUCAAGACACUGCAAGUCCUUCUGUCACAGAAAUUGAUCAAAUUGAUGAUAAUGAGGACACUUUUGUGAUUGUAAAAUCUCCAUUUAAAGAUAACAAGAAGGUAUCGAAACAGGAUGUGAGACUGGGGUCUCAGCAAACUGUCAACACUGCACAUGACAACGGAAGUUUUAAGAGUCAACGUAAAGAAAGAAAAUCGUGUACCGUGUCCUGAUCUGAUCGUGCUUGUCUCUAACCACAGACUGCAGUCACAUUCUUGACUCACUUCACGUUGAACCAGCACUUUAAAGACCAAACGGAUGUGUUUAUUGGCACAUACUGCUUUUGUGUUUGUUCUUUUUUUAAUUGUUUUUUUUUUUGUGUUUUUCAAAUCAAUCAAAGUGUUGUGAGAUAUAUGUUGUCCUGGUGCGAUGAUUAACUGUCUCCUUUGUUCUCUUCUAAUCUGGCUAAAUCAUUGCACGUCACACUGCUCUGGAGAAGAUUACAGCUGUGAAAUAUUGCCUCUCCUUGACUAAUUGUUUUCCAGUUGACCUUCUCUAUGAACAGCUGAACAGCAUAAAUUCUCAGAUGGAGGUGGGGGGGUGUGUCAUAUAUGCAAACCUGUAAAGCCAUAUUUAAAUAAUGAAGCCAAGGAGAAACUUUAGUGCAAACUUGUCUUGACAUGUUGCAUUGCCUAAAAAAAUCUACCUCCAUACAUGUGGUGUUAGUGUAUAAAUAUGUUUUUAGGUUUGAUUUCCAGCCUAGUUAAUAUGCAAUAGAUGCAAAAAGGUAAUCAAAAUUAAAAAUAUUUGUUUUAUUGCUAUUUAGAGAAUAUUGGGCUGGAUAAAUUAUCUCAUUUUAAUUUGACUCAAAUGUGACUCAUUUUAACGUUUCCUUUAUUAUGAUUCAGUGUUAAAGCAAAUAUGAAGUGAGCUGUUUAUCUGGAGGCCAUUGGACAGACGACCAUGGUGGGGUAUAGUGACAACCAGAUUCCUAUAAACAAAAGACAUCUAAAAUGAUGUGCAGCAGAGAGGUGACAGGUGAAUAACUGUUGUGGAUUUCAUUUGAAAAAACUUGUUGAUUGAAGGUGUUAUUAGCAAUUCUGCCGCAAUCUUGGAUGUUAUUAAUAGUAACUCUGAAGUCACUGAAUGAGUCAUCGCAUUAACCCUGCCCCCCCCCAUUGCGAUUGGUUCAGUUCUGAACCAGUGGAAAUGGCUGUGAAUAGGAGGGGUACCAGAAUCAUUCACAUAAAAAGAGUUGGCACAGAGUGAAUGGUCAUGGCUGUCCUGAAUUAACUUGACUUAACUGUAAGAGCACAUGUGCAAACAAAUAUUUUCAAGAAUCAAUUUCCACCACUUGUCUUAGGAAACAGUGUUGACUUCUGUGCUUUUUUUCCCUCGCUGCUUUGGAUUUUCACUGUACUAACAGUGACGUUGAACACUGUUAAUCCCUGAAUAACUACUUUAUACUUUUGCUUCUUAUCCUGAGGAGACCUUGAACACACAAAAAUGUAUUAAUUGUGCAUAAAAUGACACUAACAUUUUAUAAUUUGUCUUUAAAUAAAUUAUAAUCAAAGAUCUGAUGAUCUAACAUCUGUGUAAUGGAGUAAAAGUGUCUUCUGUCUGCUCUUGUAAGGGUUUCAUUAAAGGAAAUCCGUUAGAGAAGUUGUGACAAAACCGAUUACGGACAAAAAAAUUUUUUUUUUCUUCUUUAAAAAUAAAUUUUCCUGCAACAAAAGAGCUAAAUGAAAGUCAUUACUUUGAUUGUAGCUUCUCUUAGUGACAACAUCUUGCAGUUUAAGGUAGAAACCCGAUGACUGCAGUGAACAAAGUGGCCGCUACACGCUGCCAGGCACUCGCUAACAGCCCAGAUCUCAAAGAGGAACUGCAGCACUGAUGGGGCUGCUGGUUGAGUCAGGGGGGGGUAGGCUGUGGUGCAACACUGAAACAGGAAGUCAAAACUGCAGCAGGAAGAGGCCUUCUUACAGUAACUCCCUUAAGAUGCAGCAGGCAUGAGAAUAGAGCCUUUCGCGUAACAUGUGCACCCAAAUGUAUAUUUUAAGGAUCCAUUUGUCUGUUCGGUGGAGAUAUUUGAUAGGGGGAUUUUUAACAACUUUUUUUAACAGGUUUGUACAACUGCAAUUAAAAAAUAAAU